CGGCCCGGUGGCCGGGGGGAAACGCGCCGAAAGGACGUCUGACUGAUGCAGGUGCGCGGCGGGAAUAACACACAUGCCCUUCUCUCCCCCACUUGUCAGGUGCGCAGCCCUCGAGGGCUUCGGAGUGUUUCUUCGCCGGACAAACGGUUCUACUCCCCUUUACUUAACACCUCACUACGGGAUGGUCAACCAUAGCUAUGCCGGAGUUUCUAGAUGCACGACAGCCGCCUCGAGCAAAGGCAGGCCUCCGAGAUGAUGACAGUGACAUUAUUGACCAUCUUCCGCUAGAGGAAGUGGGAAGCAGCAAGCCGUCGUCCCCCUUCCUCAAGCCGAACGACGUCCGGACGCUGUCCGCCAGCCCAGGGUCCGAACAUGGUCGGCUCUCGCCAUGUGGAUCAAGGGCUUUAUCACCAGCUCCUUACGCCCAUCAUCCGCAAACGCGGAAGGCAGCUCUGGCGCAGUCCCUGGGCCGGUUGUGGGCCCGCCAACGAGGGGUGAUUCUCGUGGCAGUCUCGCAGCUCUUUGGAGCGCUCAUGAACUUGGCUGCAAGGCUGCUGGAGCUGAGGGGGCGGCAUCCGUUGCAGAUCCUCUUUGCUCGUAUGAGCCUCACCACUGCCUUGUCUUGUCUGUACAUGUGGUGGACAAGCGUUCCCGAUUUCCCGCUCGGGCCCAGAGGCCUCAGAUGGGUGUUGGUUGUCAGAGGCGUCACCGGAUUUUUUGGCAUUUACGGCAUGUGGUACUCGAUGAUGUACCUGCCGCUCGCCGAGGCAACAGUCAUCACCUUCCUUGCGCCGAUGCUCUCGGGCUACAUCUGCGAUGUCCUUCUCAAAGACCCCUUCACGCGCCGAGAACAGCUGGCUUCCUUGGUCGCCCUGGCCGGCGUAGUGUUCAUCGCGAGACCGACCUCCCUCUUCGGCAACGCUCCUGCCGAGGGGACCCACCCGCAGGCUCCUCACACCUCCGACGCGGCAAGCACAGAAACACCCGCGGCCCACCCCGGCGUGGGCGAGGAACCGACGCCAGCACAGCGGCUAGGCGCCAUCCUCGUCGCCCUGCUCGGCGUCCUCGGCGCGGCCGGCGCCUUCACCGCGAUCCGCUACAUCGGCAAGCGAGCCCACCCGCUGAUUACGGUGACCUACUUCUCCGUCUGGAGCACGCUGGUCAGCGCGACGGCGCUGCUGGUCGCGCCGCUGCUCGGCAUCGCGCAGGACACGCCGCCGACCGUCGGCUUCGCCGGCCUGCUGCCGUCGUCGGCGUACGAGUGGUUCCUGCUCCUGUCGCUCGGGCUUUGCGGAUUCGUGAUGCAGUUCAUGAUGACGGCCGGGGUGGGCGGCGAGAGGUCGAACCGGGCCACGGCCAUGACGUACACGCACAUGCUGUUUGCGGCAGGGUUCGAUAAGUGGGUGUUUGGUCACGAGAUGCCGUUGGUGAGUGUGCUGGGGUGCGGGUUGAUUGUGGGCAGUGCGCUGUGGGCAGCGCUGGGGAAGAAGGAGGGAGGAGGAGGCAGAAGGCCAGAAGAGGAUGCUGAGAGGGGGGUUGGAAGGGCUGGUGAGCGAACCCCGGGGGAGGAGGCUGUACCGAUGCUUGACAGUGUGGAAGAAGUCGUAGAGGAGGGAGAUGAAGGAGGGAUUCCGCUAGUCGCUCAUAGAUAGAGGAAUACCUGGGGGUGAAGCCGUUGGCCACAGCAAGUUCCCACCAUGCCAGCGUGAAAUGGGGGGUGGAGGAUGCUUCCUUUAACUCUGGACUGGGCUGUGCGACUUGACGCCGUUCCAGAGAAGUAGAUCCAAAAAUCACUACCCCUAAAUAUUCCAAAGCAUCGAGAA